AUGCAAGACGGCCAGCGGGUCAGCCGCAGCCUGGCUCUAUCCCUCAACCUGCUGCUCGCUCGGGAAUACAGGGGCCUAAAGUUGGUGGGGAGUGCCAGCUCUCCUUCCCACUGGGACAAACUGACCAAUAGCACCUUUCCCAGAAAGAGGGUGGGGUCCUCCAGAUACCCCACCCUGGAGAGCCCUGAGCAGGUGCCAGAGGAGCCCCCAGAUACCCUGAUUCCCAAGCUGGCCUUGUCCCCCCAGGGUGCCUUUCCUGGGCCCACAGACACCCCUCAUCCCAGCACACAGCCACCCCCACCUGCCAGGAAGACACAGGAACACCUGGGCAGGACACACCGGAGGCCGAAACCUGCCAUGAGCAACAGGCCCUUUGCGGACAGCUGGCAGCCUCUGCAGGACAGGGGGGACGUGCUCCCUGGGGCUCCGGAUGAGAAGCCCGCAACUUCUGUGGCGGGCAACAGGAAAAGCAGCCACGGCGUAACCAGCCACUCCUUGCUCCAGAUCUCCCCUUUCACAGUUCUGCCGGUCACCCGGGGCCCUUGGGCUUCCCCCCAAGGGGUGACAGAGACCCUCGAGGAAGAAGCCAAGAUCCUGCCCAGCAGUACCUCCUGGAGCACCGUGGAUGAGAUGGCAGGGGGGUCCUCCUCCAGGGAGGCCCAAGAAACUACUUCCACCACCAUGAGCCCCCCGGAGCUGGUGCCGAGUCUCUGCAGCAUGAAUUUCUCUGAGCCGGAGGGCUACAUCGACUCGGCGGAGGCUUCGCUGGUGCCGCAGAGCGACUUCCUGGAGUGCACCUUCUGGGUGACCGUCUACACUGGAUAUGGUGUGGAGCUGCAGGUGAAGAGCGUGAACCUAUCCGAGGGGGAGGUGCUAGCCAUUCGUGGGGAGGACAAUGGCCACUUGGUCACCCUGGCCAACCAGACGCUCCUGGUAGAGGGCCAAGUCAUCCGCAGCCCCACCAACACCAUCUCAGUCUUCUUCCGAACCUUCCAGGAUGAUCUUGGGACUUUCCAGCUCCAUUAUCAAGUGUUUAUGCUCAGCUGCAGCUUCCCCCAGAGGCCCAGCUUCGGGGAGGUGACUGUCAUGGGCCUGCACUCUGGUGGCAUGGCUCAUUUUCACUGCCACCUAGGGUACGAGCUGAAGGGUCCUCAGAGCCUGACCUGCAUGAAUGCUUCCAAGCCGCACUGGAGUGCCCCGGAGCCCAUCUGCUCAGCCCCCUGUGGAGGCACGGUGCACAAUGCCACCAUCGGCCGCAUCUUGGCACCAACCCACCUGAGGAACCACUCGGGCGGUGUGGCUUGUGUGUGGAUGGUCAGCGCCCCUGAGGGGCAGAAGCUUCAUCUGCACUUCGAGAGGCUGGUGCUGGGGGACAAGCAAAGAAUGGUUGUCUACAGCGGGGAAUCGAAUCACUCAGCAGUGCUGUACGCCUCCCACCAGAACAGCAAUGUGCCCUUCGAAGGAUUGAUCAGCGAAGGAAGCGCAUUGCGUGUUGACUUCACCUCGGAGGAUCCCGAUGUGGACCCAACAUUCAACAUCCGGUUUGAAGCUUUUGAGAAGGGCCACUGCUAUGAGCCCUACUUGCAGAAUGGGAACUUCACCACUUCUGAUACCACCUACAACCUUGGGACAACUGUGGAGUUCACCUGUGAUCCUGGCCACACACUGGAGCAAGGGCCGGCGGUCAUCGAGUGCAUCAACCUCAGGGACCCCUACUGGAACGACACGGAGCCGUUGUGCCGAGCUACCUGCGGAGGAGAGCUCUCCACAGCGGCCGGAGUGAUCCUGUCCCCCAACUGGCCAGAGCCCUAUAUGGAGGGUGAGGACUGUGUCUGGAAGGUCCAUGUGGGGGAGGAGAAGCGAAUUUUUCUGGAUGUCCAGCUCUUAAAUCUGAGCCAGAGCGACAUCCUCACGGUCUAUGAUGGUGACAGUCUCACCACCCGCAUUCUGGGGCAGUUCCUGGGCAGCAGCAGGUCCCAGAAGCUCUACUCCUCCACACCAGACCUGACCAUCCAGUUCCACUCAGACCCAGCGGGCCUCGUCUUUGGGAAAGGGCAGGGAUUCAUCAUGAGCUACAUCGAAGUCUCACGGAACGAGUCCUGCUCUGACCUGCCGGAAAUCCAGAAUGGCUGGAAGACCACUUCUCACACGGAGCUGGUUCGGGAGGCCAAGAUCACCUACCAGUGCGACCCAGGCUAUGAUAUUGUUGGCAGCGACACCCUCACCUGCCAGUGGGACCUCACCUGGAGCAGUGACCCGCCUUUCUGUGAGAAAAUUAUGUACUGCACGGACCCCGGAGAGGUGGACCACUCGAUCCGCUUGAUUUCGGACCCAGUGCUCCUGGUCGGGACCACCAUCCAGUACACCUGCAACCUGGGCUUUGUGUUGGAAGGGAGUUCCCUCCUGACCUGUUACAGCCGGGAAACAGGGACGCCCAUCUGGACCUCAAGGUUGCCCCACUGCGUGCCGGAGGAGUCCCUGGCCUGCGAUAACCCGGGCCUGCCAGAAAAUGGGUACCAGAUCCUGUACAAGCGCCUUUACUUGCCGGGCGAGUCGUUGACCUUCAUGUGUUACGAAGGCUUUGAGCUUCUUGGGGAGCUCACCCUCAAGUGCAUCCUGGGGCAGCCCUCCCGGUGGAGUGGGCCACUCCCCACCUGCAAAGUCAACCAAGACAGCUUUGAACAUGCCUUAGAAGUAGCAGAAGCUGCUGCAGAAACGUCCUUGGAAGGAGGCAACAUGGCACUGGCUAUCUUCAUCCCCAUUCUUGUUGUUUCCUUGCUGCUGGGGGGGGCCUAUGUUUACAUCACAAGGUGUCGCUACUAUUCCAGCCUGCGGCUGCCCCUCAUGUAUUCACAUCCAUACAGCCACAUCACGGUGGAGACGGAGUUUGAUAAUCCAAUUUACGAGACAGGGGAAACCCGAGAAUACGAGGUGUCCAUCUGAAACAACCCCACCCCCCGCCCGCCUCGAUUUCCAUUCCCAGGAUCUC